CACUAUUUAGAGAUAAUUUCAUAAACAUCACUUGCCAUCUAAAAAAAAAAAAUUCAUAUUGAGUUUUAAAAUUAGUGCGGAUCUCAAAAUUCAAUGUAGACUGUUUUUAUGGGACAUGGUUUCUCUAAUUAAUAAUUUUUUAUAAAUUCACAAUUUCAAGCGAACAAUUUUGCAAAGAAUCUGAGGUUGAUUCAUGGCUAUGGUGAACUUGAGGACUCGGCAUAUAAUUAAGGGUUGAGGAGUUUUUCCGACUUCACAACAAUUCUUUGGUUAGAUCAAAUUGUUAAAAAUUUGCAGCAAAACUCAAAAGCUUUUGUGACUGCCCCCAAACCAAAGAAUAGAAAAAGAUACUGGAAAACAUGAUUGCUAGAAUGUUUAAAGCCCAUUUGUGUGUGGCUCAUGUAGCGGGAACAAGAAUACAUAAAGCCCAACUUGCAACUUGCAAUAUAUGAAAGCAAAUUUUGUUGACUACCUAACGACGUCGUCACGCCCCAAAAGGCACAUAAAUCUUGGCAAGCUGAAAUCCUAAAACCCUGCUCCUCGCUAUUCUCCGACCGACUACGGCGCUGCAUUUUUGCACUCUCAGUAUCACCACCAAAGUCGAUUAUUCAAUGGCGAUGAGGGCAGCAAUUUCGAAGGCAGCUUCCGCUGCGGUGGCACCCAGAGGUUUCCGGGCUCUGUUAUUCUCUACCGAACGAACUUCGCCGCUGUUUACUCCGCCACAGCCUCCGGCUCAGAAUCAGACUCCCCCUCCGGCGGAACCCUCCAACAAUCUCUUCGUCUCUGGGCUCAGUAAACGUACUACUACUGAAGGUCUACGAACUGCCUUUGAGAAGUUUGGCAAAGUCACAGAUGCUAAAGUUGUAACUGAUCGAACCUCCGGGUAUUCCAAGGGUUUUGGUUUCGUCAAAUAUGAAACUUUAGAAGAAGCUGCAGCUGGUAUAAAGGGUAUGGACGGGCAGUUUCUGGAUGGCUGGGUUAUCUUCGCAGAGUAUGCUCGACCAAGAAGUCCACCUCCUCCGCCUCAAAAUUCUUUCGGAAAUGGUUACAGCAACACAUCUUUUCAGGGCCGAAGACCGUAUUAACUUAUCCAGUAACUUAUAUAAUGAGUCAUAGCUUUGAUUUGGUCAUUUUAUGGACACUUAAGACUUUGGAGUGGUGGAUCGAUUGAUUUGAGGUGAAAAGGGACUGAAUGUCCUUACUUAUAUCUUAUUUUGUUAUGAGAACUUGUGAAAUAUGGGCACUUAAUUCUUAUUGGUCACGUGAGCUGUAUCAAUUCAUGGCUGGAUCUCAUUGAACUCCCGCUUCUCUUUUUUAUAUGCCUAGGUUUGUCCUUCAAUUAUUCUUCCUAAUACCAAUUGGAAUUUAUCUGUUCAACUUCAUACUGUGAAAUGAACUAUGAGCUAAAAUCACUCUUGAUCAGAAGGUUCUUUUUCUUCUUCUUAUUGUAUUUUCAGCAUCUGUUUUUGUGGACAAAGAAGAGGGCCCUUUGUUUGUUUGGAUAAGUUGUGCGUAUUUAACUGCUUUUGGUUCAAAGGGAUGAUUACCU